AAACCAAGUCAAACUUCCCCCUCUCUUCAAGCAAAAGUCCACUUUGGAACCCACCCAACUCAUCAUCUCUCUCUCUCUCUCUCUCUCUCUCUCGCUCUCUCGCUGUCUUUUACUCACGACUCACCUUCGGUCAGUCUCCCUUUCUCCUCCCCGAGACUGGCCCUUUGGGACCCUUCCCACCACCUUCGAUAGGGGAAUCUUCCCCUCAUCACGCAUAAAGGUCGCACCUUUUCUUUGAUUUCUUCGACCUUUUCUGUGGUUGGAGAGAAUUGAGGGGGAUUGUGGCAGGCCAUGGGGAGUCGGAUUUGGGUUCUCACGCUUCUGAUCCUCCACUCUGUCUUCGGGGGGAUCGCUGGCCAGGCGCAGGAACUGAAUCAUCGGACGGAGAGGAUUUCUGGGAGUGCUGGUGAUGUUCUGGAAGAUGACCCUGUUGGAAGGUUGAAGGUGUUUGUGUAUGAGCUGCCUAGCAAAUACAACAAAAAGAUCCUCCAAAAGGAUCCCAGAUGCCUCAAUCACAUGUUUGCUGCAGAGAUAUACAUGCAUUGGUUCUUGCUCUCAAGUCCUGUUCGAACUUUUAAUCCUGAAGAAGCUGAUUGGUUCUAUACACCUGUGUAUACCACCUGUGACCUGACUCCCAGUGGGCUUCCCUUACCCUUCAAAUCACCACGGAUGAUGAGAAGCGCAAUAGAGUUGAUAUCCACAAAUUGGCCCUAUUGGAACAGAACCGAAGGAGCUGAUCACUUCUUUGUUGUCCCACAUGAUUUUGGAGCAUGCUUUCACUAUCAGGAAGAAAAAGCAAUUGAACGUGGAAUCCUGCACAUGCUUAAGCGUGCCACGCUGGUUCAAACCUUUGGGCAGAGAAAUCAUGUUUGCUUGAAGGACGGUUCCAUCACCAUUCCUCCAUAUGCACCCCCCCAGAAAAUGCAGACUCAUUUGAUUCCUCCAGAUACUCCUCGCUCUAUUUUUGUUUAUUUCCGUGGUUUAUUUUAUGAUGUAGGGAACGAUCCAGAGGGUGGAUACUAUGCAAGAGGUGCAAGGGCAUCGGUGUGGGAGAAUUUUAAGAACAACCCUCUUUUUGACAUCUCUACCGACCACCCUACUACUUAUUAUGAAGAUAUGCAGCGGGCAGUUUUCUGCCUGUGCCCCUUGGGUUGGGCUCCAUGGAGUCCUAGAUUGGUAGAAGCGGUGGUGUUUGGCUGCAUCCCUGUUGUCAUAGCAGAUGAUAUAGUGCUUCCAUUUGCAGAUGCAAUACCAUGGGAGGAGAUCGGUGUAUUUGUGGCUGAGGAGGAUGUGCCAAAGUUGGACACAAUCCUCACAUCAAUACCGAUAGAGGUAAUCUUAAGAAAACAGAGAUUACUCGCAAACCCUUCAAUGAAGCAGGCGAUGCUGUUCCCUCAACCGGCCCAGCCUGGCGAUGCUUUCCAUCAGAUAUUGAAUGGGUUGGCUCGCAAGUUGCCACACGACAAGAAUGUUUACUUGAAACCAGGUCAGAAAAUUCUGAACUGGACUGCUGGUCCAGUAGGUGAUCUGAAGCCUUGGUAGAAGCAGCUUCUGUUCGUGGUUAUGAGCUUCUUCAAUCUACCGAUGCUUCAACUUUGUUGCUCAUAGUUGCUCAAAUGUGUAAACUUCUGUUGUGUCACCAAGCUGUGGCAUUAUCCUCUCUUGUAGCAUGACAUACUUGAUACAUAAUAUAUGUUGUAACUUGUAAGCAAUGGAGUAGAACUUUUCAUC